AUGGCUUCGCAGGGCAAACUCGAUGUCCGGCCGACGGCUGCCGAGGCCCACCGGCUCUUUGAGCAGACUGGCAAGGCCACACCCCGGCCAACACUGCUGCCCGUGUGUAUCACAGUGCCCUCCGACCUGUUGACGCCGUCGGCCAUCUAUCUGAAGCUGUCGAAUGGUCAAUUGCUGAUCAUUCUCCCCAGCGCCACGGCCGACUACUCGUUCCUGUUAGAGAGUGCGACGGGAAGCACGGAGACAAUCGGGCGGUACAGCUUUAUCGGAGCUAAUCCCAGGAAGGUGCUUGCUACCGGUCCCGGCUACGAUGAUGUCGGGGAUCCGCUGCGCGCCCUGGAAGCCCAGCUCGGCCAGGACCGCGUGCUCAGCGUCCCGUCGCUCAAGCUGCCCAGCCUGACGGGCGGCGCGGUCGGCUACAUCUCGUACGACUGCAUCAAGUACUUUGAGCCCAAGACGGCCCGCCCGCUCAAGGACAACCUGCACAUCCCCGAGGCCCUGUUCAUGAUCUUCGACACCAUCGUGGCCUUCGACCACUUCUUCCAGGCCCUCACCAUCAUCACUCACAUGAGGCUCCCGCAGAGCCCCGCGGACGACUUCCAAGCAGCUUACGACGACGCCUACGCCACCAUCCGCUCGACGCUCGACCGUAUCCAGCAGCCGGAAACGCCGCUGCCGCCCAAGAACCCGGCCAACCCCGUCUCCUCGCAGCAGUACGCUUCCAACGUCGGGCGACACGGCUACGAGUCGUUCGUCACCAGCCUCAAAUCGCACAUCGUCAAGGGCGACAUCAUCCAAGCGGUGCCGUCGCAGCGCUUCUCGCGCAGCACCUCGCUGCACCCCUUCAACAUCUACCGCACGCUGCGCACGCUCAACCCUUCCCCGUACCUCUUCUUCCUGUCCUGCGCCGACUUCCACAUCGUGGGCGCCUCGCCCGAGUGCCUGAUGAAGACGGACGGCUACGCGCCGCUCCCCGUCGACGCGCGCUUCCGCUACGCCUCAGCUCCGGAGCAAGCGCGCUCGCGGCACCGGCCGCGCAUCGUCAACCACGCGAUCGCGGGCACGAUCCGGCGGGGCGCCAACCCGGCCGAGGACGACGCGCUGGCGGCCGAGCUGCACGCCAGCACCAAGGACCGGGCCGAGCACGUCAUGCUGGUCGACCUGGCGCGCAACGACGUCAACCGCGUGUGCCACCCGUCGACCGUGAAAGUCGACCGGCUGAUGCGCAUCGACAGGUUCAGCCACGUGCAGCACCUCACGAGCGAGGUGUCGGGCCUGCUGCGGCCCGAGUGCACCCGCUGGGACGCCAUGCGCAGCAUCUUCCCCGCCGGCACGGUCUCGGGUGCGCCCAAGAUCCGCGCCAUGGAGCUGAUCUACGACCUGGAGCAGGAGAAGCGCGGCAUCUACGCCGGCGCGGCGGGCUGGUUUGCGUAUGACGUGGUGCGGGUGGAGAACAACACCAACGGGGCGAAUGCAGGAGGGGAUGGGGAGGAAGUGGAGGUGGUGCUGGACGAGGGCCAGAUGGACACGUGCAUCGCGAUCCGGACGAUGCUGGUCAAGGACGGCGUGGCGUAUCUCCAGGCGGGCGGGGGCAUCGUGUUUGAUAGUGAGAAGACGGAGGAGUGGAUGGAGACGAUGAACAAGCUCGCCGCGAACCUGCGGUGCAUCGAGCUGGCCGAGAGGCACUAUGGCGAAGGCGCCGAGGGCAAGUCGGUGCAGGAGAUCAUUGACGAGGAGAGGCGCAAGGGGGACGAGUUCUAUCGCCUGCAGACCAUGAGCGCUGGGGCGUAGGGCCUUGCAAGAAGCUGUUGGAAAAGCAAAGAGGGGAGAGUUGUCAUUGGGGCUAGAUAGCAGAGACAAGUUCGAUGUAUCUAGUGAUAGGCAAGUCGACUGAGCUUGAAGUAACCUGAGCUGCUGCCAUGCUAGCACGAUUGUCACAGCAGGGGCUGGCGUCUUGGUCUUUGAUAUUGCACCCUUCUA